AUGUAUCACCAGAACAAAGCAGACCAGAGUGCCAAAAAUCAGAUGGCACUAGGUCAGCACGUCGGCCUAGGCGCCUCCUCCGCCCUGCCCUCAGGACAAAUGUCCGUGGAUAACACGCCCCAGAACAUUUGGAUCUGCAAGCCUAUUGGAAGCUCCCAGGGCCGGGGGAUAAAACUAUUUUCCAGUUUUCUUCUUCUUCCGUAGGAUCUUCAUGAACUGAGCUACGGAUCGAGCGCUGUCGUGCAGCGUUACAUCGGCAACCCGCUUCUUGUAGGAGGCUACAAGUGGGAUGUUCGCCUCUACGUCUUGGUCACUUCCUUUCUUCCACUUACCGUCUACAUGUAUACCGAAGGCAUCGUUAGAUUUGGAACAGAAAAAUAUAACUUAUCUUCCCUCGACAACAUCUUCAGCCAUCUUACAACACGUCUCUCAACAAGCGGCUCCCGGUUACAGAACGAGAAGGAGAGGGUUGGAGCAGGUUGUAAAUGGACCGUUCGUGAACUUCGGCGUUACUUGGAAAGCACUGGCCAGCGAGACUGGCUGCUCUGGCAACGCGUAUGUGUGAUGGUCUCCUUAACCCUCAUAACACAAGUUGGUCACGUUCCCCAUCACCACAACUGCUUCGAGCUCUAUGGUUUUGACAUUCUGAUUGAUGACACCUUAACGCCAUCUCUACUGGAAGUGAAUCGAUGCCCAUCGCUGAGCUACGACUGUGAUGUCGACAGAGUAGUGAAGAAACCUAUGCUGCAUCAUCUGUUUGACCUCCUGGGUCCUCCCAAGGUGUCUGAGCCACUCGGAAGGGCGCUCAAGCCCCCCGUUCUCAUUCUGUUGACCCGCGACAAGAACCACAACAAGAAAGAUGCUGACAAAGAGGUUUCCGUCAUCAGUAGUAAUGAUGUAUUCAGUGCCUUUGAUUCGCAUAAAUAUGACAAACUCAUGGAUAACAUUGAAAUGUACAAACCCACGGGCAGAAAGAAAAGGAACGCCAGAAGCGUCUGCGAGGACUGUGAGGAGAGCUCGUACGAAUCACCGAGGUCCCCCCUUCCGAAAACGCGCUUCUCGUCCUCGGCGAGCUCUAGCGUCGAGAAUCUGCGGGAGAGCAAGAAAGAGUCGUUCAAAACCUCCACCUCCAAGGCCCUAAGUACGUCGGGCAGCUCUCGCGGCGUCGGUAGCCGUCGCCGCCGUUCUAUAUCAUCCUUUACCGGGACGACUCACGACCCUAUGGUGCCCGAAGAGCUCAGUCUGGACACUUUCGUCCCCGUGACCUUCAACACAACUUUCCAGAGGGUCCGCCGCCAGUUCCUCAACAGCCAGGGUGGUAAAAAUUUCAUGUCACUGAGCAAAGUGGGUAGAGGUCAAUUUCUUGACCUCUCCGGGCGACCUCGGCCGCCGUCGUCGAGGCGCGGCGACGGGCGAGGUCCUCAGCGAUGUCCGGCUCGAUGUGGGGACUGGGUGAGGAUAUUUCCCUACAACGCAGCGACGUUCACGCGAGUAAGACCCCUCUACACCAAGACCCUGGUAGCCGAGCUCCACAAGUAUAAACGCCUCUGCGAAAAAGUGUUUCGAGAGAAUCCGAGCAGUUCAGACGACGCCCUCAACGCUCUGGUGCAGAAAAUCUUGUGGAGGGACAAUGUUAUCUGGGUGCCGAAAACGUAACCUUGAUUGCUAUGUAGCGACAGUGAAAGGGUUGUAAAACCGACCGUAAUCUUAAGAGAAUUUGACCAUAGAUUUAGUUAGGACAUCUACG